CCGAGCCGCCGCCUGCAGCGCCUCUGGAUGCGCAGGAGCCGGGACAGGGGUGCGGGGCAGGGCCGGCGCUCGCUCCCCGGGGAACGGGAACGGGCAGGGAGCGGAGAGCGGGAGCACUGGAGCUCUUCUCUAGCGGAGAGAAUGAACCCUUCGCAUGGAAAGGGAGGCGAUCGGGAGUGGACAGGAGCAGAACACCUGGCUUGGAUCCUGGCUCCCUUCCAACCUGAGUCAUUAUGGACUGACCAUCAGGGAACGGGGCACAUCGCCGAGGUGCGACAUUGCCAUCAUGUGGCCAUCCCAGCUGUGCAGAAACACCAGCAGAGGGAAUCGGAACUUCACCCCAGAUUUGCAGCUUUUUCAACUGCCUUUGUAUUUGCAACCUGCAAGUGGUGAUGCCUCUCCUGACAUCCCACUCCAAAGAAGAAAUCUCUUCUCCAGAUCUGCUCUCCUCUGUGUCAGGGAGCAAAGGCAUUCUCCCUUUCCUGAGGCCCAGCGCUGCCAGGGUGACGCUGCACUGCCCAGAAUAGAGCACAACUGAACAUCAAAAACGUACAGAAACAUCAGAAAUGACAAAUGGAACAUUCCUGAUGUCAGGAAGCCAAUCUUCAGGGAUAAUCUGAACGAGAACAGCACAAUGACCUGGAUCAGGAAGGAACUCCAGCACAGGAAAAUACAUGGAAGUUAGUGUAGAGUCAGGAGUGGAAAACAAAGCUAAUUAAUCAAGUCAGGAAUUUAAGAAGAAAAUGAAGCAGUGACAGAGGGCAAAUCGAGGUGGAAUGCAGAAGUAAGCUGGGAUAAAACAUGCAGAUGGAAAAGUUGUACGUACUCAGAGAAGCAGCAACAGAGUUAAACCAGAUCCAGGGAUGACAAGGGGCUCAAUGAGAGCAGCAGUGAAGACAAAUAAAUAAUUUUCUGCUUGAGCCAAAAGCUGUUCAUCCACACAAAACUUGUGUUUUCCCUCAUCUGGCACCCCACCCAUGCAGAACGUGAUUGAGCCCAGGGAAUUACAGCCUUGGGGGGGGUUACAAGCUUCCUAAAGGAGGGACAACCUGUUGCAGAAUUACAACAGGAGCUUUCUGCCCAGCUGGCACAGCAGGCAGAUACACAGAGAAAUCAUUUGGAAAGAAACUCAGUAGGACGUUCGUCAGAACACCCAGAUUUCAGCUAUAAAACCUCGUAUCAAACAGCAACAAAGAACCAAGUGAGUUACUAAAACUCCAGAGAUGGAAAAAGUAUUAAUAGGCACAGAACAGCAUCUCAACUCCCACUGGUGCCUGGCCCUGCAAGAGCAAAUCCUGUUUGUGUUCCUGUCUCCCAGCACCUGGCACCUGGAAACACCUAAAGGAACCUACCUGCCUUGGAACAACUGGGGCCAAGUUCCUGCUCUGGGAGAGAUCCUUCUGCAGCCGAACUGCCCAGAGCAAGGAGCCAGGCAAGAGGAACCUCCUUCUUAUGCACCAUGGAAUUUGCAGAGAAAGCUUGCAAGAGCCCUAAAGUGAAAACCUAAAAUUCCACUGAAGGGAAUCAGAUCAAUAUUUCCUAUUAUCCUGAGCUGGAGCUGCUGAGAUGGACUGUCAGCUGUGUAGCUGACAUAAACAGGGAGAUUUUUCAGCAGAACAUGAAUGCAGGAGAGAAAACCAUUUUCCAAGAGUUUCUGACAAACCAGGGCACUGUGGUAAAGCCCUGCUGGUGGCAGAGACAGUGCCAUGCCUGUGCCAGGUGUCCCUUCCACAUCCGGACGGGGGAAGAAGCCAGAGUGCCAUACACAGAAUUUCACGGGCUCUUUGGCUCCCCACACAGGCCCACAGCGACUCCCCAAAACAGGCACCUUCUCUUCUACGAACUGAGGAGCUUCUCAGGCAGAGUCCUGCAGAAAGGCCACGCCACGAACUGCACUGCCCGAGCCAAGCACCCCGAGGCUGUGCUGUUCGAGGCGGGCGGGUACCUGGACGCAGCCACAGCCGCCUGUGAAAGCAUCGGGUGCAUCAUCCUCUACUCGAACCUCUCCCCCUGUGACGAGGCUCAGCACUGCUGCUUAAGGAAAAUGUACAGCUUCCUGCUGAGACACCCACACGUCACGCUCUGCAUCUAUUUCUCCCAGCUCCGUCACACCGGGAGCGGUUCUCCCCGUGCCGGGGGGAAUGCCCGGGCUCUGCGGAGCCUCCGCAGCCUCUGGCCUCGGGUGACCCUGCAGAGGCUGCCAGAGGGGGCACAGCAGUACCUGCUUCGCCACUUCGUGUGUGGCAUCACAGGGGCGACCCCUCCUCACCGAGUGCUGCCAUCGGGAGCCUCAGCAGGUCGACAAAACCCACAUCAAAGUAACUUAACAGGAGCGAAAACGUAUUUUAGGGAAGCCUUUCCCCAGGGAAUGGAGGGGAACCUGGCUGUGCAGCAGAAUUUAAAGGCCUUUCCCUCUCCCAGCCCGGCCUCCCGACAGCCUUUCCCAGCCAUGAAAGGCACUCUGCUCCCUCCAAUGUCUCCAAGCCAUGUGCUUUUCCCAAGUGUGUUUCUGCCCUCUCAGAGGAAACAGCUAUACCUCAGACCCAUAAAUAUUGUAAGGCAUUUAAAAAUGCCAAAGGAAUGACUCAGUGGAACUCCUCAUUCUGACAUGUUUUCCGGUGGCAUGCACCUCUUCUGAGGAUGACACACAUCCCUCCACUUUUGGGUGUGAAACUUAGAUCACAGAUGGCAAAAAGCACCACAAAAGUCCCCUCUUACCCACAGUAUAAUUGUGGGUCUCAAAUAACUGAUUGUGAACGUACUUUUGUUUUAAUCCUCUACCUUUCAAACAUAAAUCCAGAGUAGUAAACCCCAAACCUCCAUGUUCCCUGCCCACAGCAGGGGGUUGGAACUAGAUGACCUUUAAGGUCCUUUCAACCCAAACUCUCUGAUUCUGCGAUAUUUUAAUUACCUCCUGCAACUAAUUUAUUGCCUUUAAGCCAAUUUCUACCAGAAAAAUGUCAGUUACAGUCCCCAAGCUACAACUUCAUUUACAGCUGGAUUGCAGCUUCCCAGCUGAGGCAGCUUUGGUGGAACACAUGACACAUCCUAAAUUCCUCCUCCAUCAACAAGGUGGUCCUGCAGGUAGAGCUGAUGCAGGAAUAAAUUUUCCCACAAGCUGUUCCUUUAAUAAUAGGGGGGGUUAUAUAUGCAUAUAUAUGUGUGUGUAUAUAUUUAUUAUGCAUAUAUAUGUGUGUGUAUAUAUUUAUUUCUAGGGCUGCUGCCUUCCAUUAAGAGGAUUCUCACAAAGCUGUGUAAUUUCCUAAUUAAUAAUAGGGUAACAUAUAUACCAUCUAAAGAGUCUUUCUACCGUGCCUUUUGCAAUCAGA